UGUCUUUAUAAAAUCUUUCCCACAGUUCGUGCGCAGUAGAUUCAACAUCAUUGGUAUAUAUUCAGCAGUACCCUAGUUCCCCACCCUGUUCUGAUAGCGUCUCUCCUCUGUUUGUGUAUCCUUCUCUCUGCAGCCAUGCUGUCUCAGUUGGAGAGAUCCAUGCAGUCCCUGAUCACGGUGUUCCAUCGCUAUGCCGACAAGGACGGUGACUGUAACACACUGAGCAAGAAGGAGCUGAAUGAACUCAUGCAGUCAGAACUGGGCAGCUUCCUGAAGUCCCAGAAGGACCCAGCCGCCAUAGACAAGAUCAUGAAGAUUCUGGACCAGAAUGGUGAUGGGAUGGUAAACUUCGAGGAGUUUGUCUCCCUGGUGGUGGACCUCUCCAUCGCCUGUGAACAGAUCUACCAGCUCCACAUCAUGAAGGCUGCCGCUAAGAAGUGAGGGAGGACAGGACAAGGAGAAAGAGAAGCAGA